AUGGCUACUGUUACCUCUAACAAAUCAAAACAAGCCGUGGGAUCAAUUCUACCUAUCAUGGCUAAAGCAAAAAUUCAUACUUGGCAGCCUAGAAUUAAAUUGUUUGCCUCAAUGGCUCUCAGCGUUUUAUCUAACUCCAUUCCUGUAUGGAGCUUAAGGUAUUUGGAUGUUUUAGAACGAGUUCAACUAAAUUUUUUAAAAAGAGUUCUCUUAGUACCUUCCAAUACCCCAGAUGCCAUUGUUCGCCUUGAGACUGGAAGAGUCAAAUUUGCACAUUCCGAUUACCGCAAUGAACGUUAUGAUGAGUCGUUCACUCAGUACGCCCUCUUAUCGGAACUGGGAUACGAAGCUGCGCAGAGUAACGCUGCCUUCAUGUUGGACAGAGGGGAAGUUCCCAUGUUCACGACUCACGAGUCUUUGGUUAGGGCUCUGCUGUUUUGGGGGAGAGCAGCUGCCCAGGGCUACUCUGCGGCUCAGGUGAAACUGGGCGACUACUACUACUACGGCCUCGGCACGCCCGUCGACUUCGAAAUGGCCGCCACGCACUACCGGCUGGCCUCCGACCAGCAGCACAACGCGCAGGCCAUGUUCAACCUGGGCUACAUGCACGAGCGGGGCCUCGGCAUGGAGCAGGACAUGCACCUGGCCAAAAGGCUAUACGACCGCGCGGCGGACACCAGCUCGGAUGCCAAGGUGCCGGUGGCGUUAGCUCUGCUCAAGCUGAACGUGCUGUUCGGCGUCGAGAGCAUUCACGAGGAGAUGUACCAGAUAAAAUGAAAAUUACCAAAGUCAGACCAGUCCACAAAACUUGUCAGAGAGAUAAAAUGGAGAACUACAGACCUAUUUCAAUAUAACCAGUUAUUUCUAAAAUUAUGGAAAAAGUAAUGAAUUACCGAUUGCAAGAAUAUCUAGAGGCAAAGAAAUAUCUUUACAGCCAUCAAUAUGGCUUUCGGGGGUCAUGUGAUACGGAGUCUGCAGUUAUGGAUGUUGUAACAGAUUUCCAAUUGCAACUAGAUCCAUCAAGAUAUGUGGACUCCCAUCAAUUGACUCAAGGAAGGCAUUUAAUACUGUAAAUCAUGAAAUUCUCUUGAAUGAAUUGUAUUGUAUUGGUCUAAGAGGUCCUGUC